CCGGUGCUCAAUCGCACGUCUCGACGUCUGUUCAAAACGUGACUCCGAAACACGUUUUCUUGUUUUUAUAAAAGAAAAUGCCAUCGUGGUGGGACUAUUUACAUAUUAAACGACAGUACAACAACAAACGAAACCUCGAGGAGGGCUUGUUUCAGAUCGCGUCGCAGACUUGUAAUAUUUUGGUGAAAGUCAACAAUACAAAUAAUAUUAAUUUGACAAGAAACAACAGAAGUGAUGAAUAUGGCUGCGCUGGACCCCCUCCAAAAGAGAAAAGCUCUAUGCAGAUAUGUGUCCCGAAGUUUAGGAAAAACUCUAUAACUUCAGGAUGUAACCCCGGAUUAUCCACUGUAUUAGAAUCUGGGAGUGUGGGGAACGCUUCAUCAUCUGAUGAAGAGUUGGAGCAGUGGGAGCAGAUAUUUAUGAUGAGAGAUGAGAAUGGAAACAGUUAUAAUGACAAAAGAAAAAAAAGAAGUAUAUGGUGUCGACCAUCCUGUAUUCCAGUAUCGAUAGUAAUAGUCCUGAUUGUGUUGGUUGUGUUGGUACCACUGCUUGAUCAGCCUAACGUGGUGCCCACGACACCACCAAUGGCUCCUGUUAGCUUACAUUGCUCAGAUGAGUGUAGGUUAUCAUUAGUAGAAAGUAUACCGGAAGGUCAUAUGUACCCUCCUAAUAUAACACAUCUAGCCACAAAGAAUGUGUGGCUAGAUUUAAUUGAUGAAGCUCAAACGACUAUUGAAAUAGCGUCUUACUAUUGGUCUCUUAGAUUUAAUGAAGAAUAUCCUUAUAAUUCCUCUAUAGAGGGAGAACAAGUGUUCCAAGCUUUAUACGCUGCUGGGUCUAAAAGAAAUAUUAAUUUAAAAAUUGCUCAAAAUUGGCCCACUAAGUUAUACCCUAAUAUAGAUACUGAAUAUUUAGUUAAGAAGAAAGCUGCCCAGGUGAGGAGUUUAAACUUCUCCAAAUUGCUAGGAAAUGGACUGUUACACACGAAGUUCUGGAUUAUUGAUAGAACACAUUUCUACAUCGGCAGUGCUAAUAUGGAUUGGCGAUCACUCACACAGGUGAAAGAGCUCGGUAUAGUCGCCUACAACUGUACCUGUCUCGCCAAAGACUUGGGGAAGGUGUUUGAUGUGUAUUGGAGCCUCGGGGCUCCUGAUGCAGUUGUUCCGGACAGCUGGCCGGCUGAGCUGAGCACCGACAUCAACAUGGAACAUCCCAUCAACAUCACGGAUGGAUCUCACAACUACGAUGUCUUUAUUACCAGUUCCCCGCCACCAUUCUGCCCGGCCGGCCGUACGAAUGAUGACGCCGCCAUCGUAUCUAUCAUCGAGUCUGCUGAGGAGUUUGUAUACAUAUCCGUGAUGGACUACGCGCCUGCACUCGAGUUCACACCUAAAUUGAAGUUCUGGCCAAAGAUCGACGACGCAAUCCGCAAAGCGGCCCUGGAGCACAAGGUGAAGGUGAAGAUGCUGAUCAGCUGGUGGAAGCACUCGCGACCUUCGGAAGACUAUUUCCUGCGCUCGCUCACUGCGCUCUCCAAGUCGUAUCCGAGGGUCGAUAUACAAGUGAAACGGUUUAUAGUACCCUCGUCGCCUGAACAAGACAAGAUACCGUACGCUCGGGUCAACCACAAUAAAUAUAUGGUGACUGAACGUACUGCGUACAUAGGCACCUCAAACUGGUCCGGCGAUUACUUCACAGACACUGCCGGGGUCGCGUUUGUGUUGCAAGAGGACCCACAUGGAACAAUCCAGAAUGUCUCUCAAGACAUUAGAAGAGAACUACAAGAGGUAUUCGAGAGGGAUUGGACAUCUCCAUACGCGGUACCAUUAAUCAAGUUAUAGCGUUACUAUUUUUAAUAAAUCUGUAGGUAAUUAUAGUAUAAUAAAUCUUGUAAAGCUGCCAUUGAAACAGCUCCAGUGGACUUUAGAUUUUAAGUAUAUGAACUUAAGAACUUACAUUUGUGUAUUGCAUUGUUGCAUUUUUCUAUAUACAAAAACUGACUUCAUUAUUGGUAAAAAAAUUUAUGGGACAACAUUGAAAUAAAGUAUUUAAAAAGUCUAACUAAAAUCGGUUCAAAAUUAGUGGAGAUAUAGUGUAACAAAAAACAUUCGAAAUAAGAACCUGUUUGAAGUCGCUUUAUAAAAAUAGAUUAUUUUUAUUUUUUGCUUUUUAUAUUUUAUCUAUUCCGAAAUUUAUUAUGAAUUUUUGUUUAAGGUUUCUUUUUCAUAGACAUUACUUUUAUGUUUACUGUAAUAAUCUGAUUGUCUUGUGUCUAAGAUCGUCAAUAAUUUUAUAUACUCGAAAUAUAACUCGGAAUUUAGUCCGUUUUAAGAUUUCAUGCCGUAAGGUAUAUUUUUAAAUCUAGAUAUUUGAUACUUUCCUGUGAUCUUAAAAUUUCAUAGUUUCAAAAAGAUGUAAUAUAACUAAAUUUUAGUGAAUUUCUAUGAAAUAUAGAAGUAUUAGUAGAAUGCUAAAGAUAUAGAUAAUACUGUGCUUUAGUAUGACAGUGUGCCUUCAAACUUUAAACUGUAUGGUCUGGAAGAUUGAGUGUAUGAAUUUAGAUUUUUAUAUCUUCCUAGUAUUAACUAUGUACUUUCUAGAUAUUUAAAAUAUAACUACUUAUGUCUACUAUGAAAUAAAACUAUUUGUUUGUUACAUAGUUCUAAAUAUGCGUGUGAAGUUUUGUCCUAUGAAUUUAAUAUGUAUAUUUUCUCAAAUUAUUAAAAAUGCAGACAAAAUCACAAUGACAGUAAAAAAGUCAUAAGAUUUUAAACAUAAUACAAUGUAAUUAUAAAUAAUACAUAUCAGUAUUUAUUUUUAUGUAAAAUGACUAUUUUUUAAAUAUACUAUAUAAAUUAUAUAUAAUAGAUAAUAAAAAAAAUAAUGUACUAAAUAAAAUAAUUAAUAUAAUAAUUUUACACGAUAUGUAAAAACGAGAUGCGAUAUAAUACUGAUUACUAUUGGAAUUAUACUCUUAAUGCUGAUCUCUUACUUUCAAUGGUAGUUUUUUAUUUUAUAAACUCAAAUAUAGGGGCAGUAACCAUAAGUUACUACCCUUCCCCCUUUGCCCUUGAUAAAUAGCAAACGGUAUCAUCGUUGAAGUUCUAAUUCCGCGUAAGUCAAUGUUCUAUACAUUACAGGAGUUCCUAGAACUUAAAGAUUUUUAUUUUUGUUUGUAUUCUAUCAAAUUUAUUGUAUUUUAGCUUAAAUACAAGAAAGUUGUUUAAAAUCAAGCAUUCUGUUAGUCCGCACUGCUCUCGAUUAAAAUAAAAACAUGAACAUCGUAAAAAGUUACUUACGCGAAUUAGAAUUUCCACGAAGUUAUUAUCGUUGUCUGUAACUCUGGAUUCGUAAACGAGGCCUUUAGUAUUUUUUGUUAUUAUUAUGACAAUCAUAUGGAUUGUACCUAUUGUUAGUGUAGUCUUGAAAGCAAUAUGAUUUUCGUGUGGUGAUCAAGUUAUCGUGUGAUAUAUUGUGUAAAUAAAUACUUUUGACUUCAUAA